AUUGGCCGGGCCCGGCGCUGUAUCAGUAGCUGCUGCUCCUUGCUCAAGGGGCGGGCUGCUCUGUGGGCCAUCGGGGCUUGCCGGAGCGGACGCCGGGGCUGGGCGGCUCCCGCUUUCCUCAGCUGUGACUUCUUUUGGACAACCCAUGAUAUUUAUUAUUGUGCCAACUUUCUACAAAUAAAAGAUGGGUGGACUAUUUUCUCGAUGGAGGGCAAAACCUUCAACAGUCGAAGUUCUAGAAAAUAUAGAUAAGGAAAUUGAAGCAUUGGAAGAAUUUAGAGAAAAAAAUCAGAGAUUGCAAAAAUUAUGGGUUGGAAGAUUAAUUAUCUAUUCUUCAGUUCUUUAUCUGUUUACAUGCUUAAUCGUGUACCUGUGGUAUCUUCCUGAUGAAUUUACAGCAAGACUCGCCAUGACACUCCCAUUCUUCGCUUUUCCUUUUAUCAUCUGGACCAUAAGACUGUGCUUAUUUUCUUCUUUUCCAAGAGAAACAGAGAGAAAUAGUAAACGAAAGCCUUGGAUGUAUUUAAAAUCCCAGAAGAAAAAGAUACUUGAAGAAGUCAUGGAAAAAGAAACUUAUAAGACAGCUAAGUUAAUUCUGGAAAGGUUUGAUCCAGAAUCAAAGAAAGCAAAGGAGUUAGAGCCGCCAUCUGCUGGAGCAGCUGUAUCCGCAAAACCAGGACAAGAGAUUCGUCAGCGAACUGCAGCUCAGAGAAACCUUUCCCCAGCACCAGCAAGCUCUAAUCAGGGCCCUCCUCCACAAGUUCCAGUCACUCCUGGGCCGCCAAAGGACGCAUCGGCUCCUGGGGGGCCUCCAGAAAGGACUGCUGCUCCAGCCUUACCCAGGCGCCUUGGAUCCCCUGCUACUUCAGUGCCUGGAAUGGGUCUUCAUCCUCCAGGUCCACCCUUAGCAAGACCCAUUCUCCCCCGAGAACGAGGUGCUCUGGAUAGAAUUGUUGAAUAUUUAGUUGGUGAUGGUCCACAGAACAGGUAUGCUCUCAUAUGUCAGCAAUGUUUUUCUCACAAUGGCAUGGCUUUGAAAGAAGAAUUCGAAUACAUUGCUUUUCGAUGUGCCUACUGUUUUUUCUUGAAUCCUGCAAGAAAAACCAGACCUCAAGCUCCGCGACUUCCAGAGUUUAGUUUUGAAAAGAGGCAGGCAGUGGAGAGCUCAAGCUCAGCUGCUCCCAUGUCAUCAGAAAGUGUACCCUCGACACAGAGCCAGUUCAGUGAAGAGUCUUUAGAGGAACAAGAUGUUCUUGAUAAUAGUACAGAGCGGAGAGAUGAAAACCCACCGGUGGCGGAGCAGACAAGCCCAGCGAGUGAAGAAACACCUGGCUCAGAGGGAGCAGAGGAGCCACUAGAAGAGACUGAGACCGAGGAAACACCAGCAGAUGAAGCCAAGCCAGCCAUGCUCAGUGAUGAUUCUGUUUCUGAUCUUGAACCAAGUGGAGAACCUUUGGUGACACAAUAGUAAAUAAUUCCAUGUGCCUUCAACUGGAUGUUUGUAGUCUUGUUGAUGUCAGUUAUUGCUUUUUUUUGUGGUACUCCAAAAUUUGCCCUUUAGAUAUAUGCUUAAUAUUAUUCAAAUUCAGAUUGCCUAGUGAGCUCAGUGUGUUCAAGUCCUGACUACUGGGCAUUGAAUGUAAAAGCACGUGGUGUCAGUGAGUGUGCAGAGACCCACGAAGCUGUUAGGUACUUUGUGCAUUCUAAAGUUUAAACAAAAAAGCAUUUUUGUUUUCUACAGCUAUAACUUGUAAGUAAUACCCAUUUUGACAUAGGAAUUUUGGCUAGGAAUAAUUUCUUUAAUAGCGUUAAGGAUUGAAACAUAAUUAGGAUUUUGAAUAUUUCAUCAUUAAAUUUUAACUCCUGAGAUAUUUGCCAGUGGGGAAGGAAAUAUCUGUUUAGGUGUUUACAUUAAGUGACACUGAAAGCUGUAACCCUGAUUACAUAGACAUUGGUACGAACUCUCAAUAAGAUGCAUCCAACAGUCAAGGGCAGGGUUUCUUUUGAUGUCUUUUUCUUUGCAGCUGGGCCAAAGGCACAUGAUGUAUAUAGUUAGUUUAUGUUUACAUAUUAACAGAUAGGAACUGCGUCUGCACUUGGCUGUACUUGAAUUCUUGGUAUUAUUUAUAUUUGUAAAAUAAUGAUGAUAUAUAAAUGAAUUUUUUUCAUGUGUGUGUUUUGUUAAGGAAAAUAAAGAUGACCUGGCAAUGGUUUUUCUUUGUUAAAUAUCUAGAUUUCUUCACAUGUGUUUUGAUGGAUGACUAGCUAUCUGAAAAAUAAUUUUGGUUGGGAGAGUUCAUUGUAUGAUAAAUACAUAUAAUGUUUUGUUUUUCAUUUAUACUUCCAAAUUCAGAGAAAUAAGAUAGUGUUUUUAAUCAUAAGUUAAAUUUUUCUGAUUUUGAGAUGCAUUAUGACAUUUGCAGUUUUAACUUUGAGGACAAUAUGUUUUUAGACUAGGCAGUUAACUGCUAGUGAAGCUUACUGGAUUGAAUGUGUAUACCCAGGAUCAGGUGUGAAGAAUUUUGAUAUAGACUAGUUAUUCUUAAACACAAUAUGAUAGUUUGUUCUAGCUUCCUUGUAUGUGUCUUCUUCAGUAUUGAAACACCUAGAAGUGAAAUCACUAUGCCAGAGCAGAGACAUGCUGGCAUAGUGUGUCUGGCCAAUCUUUUUGGUUAUAAAUGUCUAUUUCAGUUCUAUAAACUUUUUAUCUUUUAAAAGUUUAUUUUUAUGAUGUAAUAUCUCAUUUGACAUAUAUUAAAGAAUCCAGUUUGACAGUCUGUGGUAUUUAAGUUUAGUGCCCAUAAACUCAAGCAUAUGGAACUAAACUUGAAUGUCAGAUUUGUAAUCCUGGGCAUUUCACCUAACCUCUCUGCAUUCACUUUAUUUGUAAAGUGGGAAGAAUAUUAUCCAUUUUUCAUAGGUAUUCCUCAAAUGAUAAAAAUAAUUUAUAUGAUGUGCCUAGCUUUCUUGCUGGAAAAUUAGUAGAUAUUAGG